UAUAUUGAUAUAAGACGAAACCUAUUUCUUUCUUUCUUUUUAUAAACAUGAAGAUAAAAAUUAUUAUUCUAACGGUUACAUUUUUAAUAUUCCAAAUCAUUAAUAUAAAUGCACAAAAUAUAUUGGGUUCGGUAAUUAUUCCAUAUAAAACCGUAGAAAUUCCACCAAAUAAUGGAACAUGGUAUCUAUGUUCACAAGAAGCGACAAAAUAUGUUAGUUAUAGCGUAAGAGUAGUAAAUAAUACAUGGCCAUUAACGGAGCCAGAAUUUGGUACAAAAAAAGAGGGAUAUAAUGUAUCACUUUUAACAGCACCAAAAGAAGGAAUUGUUGCUCAAAUAGUUUAUACUUCAUCUUUUAAAUUUGUUCCUUCUUUAUCUUGUUACAUGAAUUUUGUUACUGAAUGUGAUCAAGAUGCUGGCAAUUAUUUAAUGAAAGAUAAUGAAGUUUAUUGCUUGGUUUUGGUAAAUCCUGCUUCUGAAGCAAAACAUACAAAUGUUACCAUUUCUUUUACUAAUUCAGUAUUUGAAAAUCCAUUUACAAGUGAUGAUAAACCUGGUGGAAAUUCUCCUCCAGGAACACAUAAUAGCGCUACUUUAUUAGAAUUCAGUUUUAUUAAUUUAUUUUUAUUAUUAGUUAUUCAUAUGUUAGUAAUUGAAAUUUUAUAAUGUAAAUUUUAAUAGUUAUUGAUGAGCAAAAAAAAAAAAAUUUCUUUGCAUUGGCAAAAUA